CUGAGCACCAUCCGCCCCUCCGCCUAUGCAACACAUCAUCGAAAACCAUCCGGACAUGGCAACGGCGCUGCUGGCUGGCGAGAAACUCAAGGAGCUGAUCCUGCCCGGGCAGCAAGACGAGAAGUCGGGCUCGUUGGCGGCGCUGCUGCUGCAGCUCAAGCUCGAGCUGCCCUUCGACCGCGUGGUCACCAUCGGCACCGUCCUUAUCCCCAUCGUGCUGGUCACGCUGGUCUUCACCAAGAACUUUGCCGAGGAGCCAAUAUACUGUUACACACCACACAACUUCACCCGUGACCAAGCCUUGUAUGCCAGAGGAUAUUGUUGGACAGAACUAAGGGAUGCCUUGCCAGGAGUAAAUGCCAGCCAUUGGCCCUCCUUGUUUGAGCAUAAGUUCCUUCCGUAUGCCUUGCUGGCUUUCGCUGGCAUUAUGUACAUUCCAGCGCUUGGCUGGGAAUUCCUGGCUUCUACCAGACUGACUUCUGAACUUAACUUUUUGCUCCAGGAGAUAGAUAACUGCUACCACCGAGCAGCUGAAGGCCGUGCGCCAAAAAUUGAGAAACAAAUCCAGUCCAAGGGCCCUGGGAUUACGGAACGAGAGAAAAGAGAAAUCAUUGAAAAUGCUGAAAAGGAAAAGAGCCCAGAGCAAAAUUUGUUUGAAAAAUACCUCGAACGGAGAGGGCGCAGUAAUUUCUUAGCCAAACUUUAUCUUGCGCGACAUCUGUUCAUCAUCUUUUUAAGUAUCAUCCCAGUCACGUACUUGUCCACCUAUUACGCUACGCAGAAACAAAAUGAGUUUACGUGCGCUCUCGGAGAGCCUCCUGACAAAACAAGCAAUUCUAAGUUGCUCAUCCGAGUGAACUGCAAACUGCCUUCGGUCCAACUACAGCGCAUAAUUGCUGCGGUAGACAUUGUCCUCCUCUGCUUUAUGAACUUGAUUAUUCUCAUCAAUUUAAUUCAUCUUUUCAUAUUCUGCAAAUCCAACUUCAUAUUUGACAAACUGAACAAGGUUGGCAUAAAGACUAAAAAGCAAUGGCAGAAGUCACAGUUCUGUGACAUCAAUAUCUUGGCCAUGUUUUGCAAUGAAAAUCGGGACCACAUCAAGUCACUGAACCGCUUGGAUUUCAUUACCAACGAAAGCGAUCUGAUGUACGACAACGUGGUGCGUCAGUUACUAGCGGCGCUCGCCCAAUCUAAUCACGAUGUUACACCGACUGUGCGUGAUUCGGGAAUACAAACCAUAGACCCCAGUAUUGAUCCUGCAGGUAUCGACCCUAAUGAACCACUGAUCAUUAAGCGACCUCGAAAGAAAAUGAAAUGGAUCCCAAGUAGCAAUCCGCUUCCUCAGCCGUUCAAAGAGCAGUUAGCUACUAUGAAGGUUGAGAAUAACAAGCCUGACAAGCCAAAGCCAGUGCGUCGGAAAACAGCAACAGAUAGCCUGGUUGCCCCUUUGCUAGAGUCCAACUCAAAAAACUCUCAGUCAUCUUCAUCUCACAAAACUGAAUCUAGCACCCUGUCCAACACAGCUAGCGAGAAGAAGCACACGCGCCACUUUUCCUUAGAUGUUCAUCCAUACAUACUUAGUAGUAAGAAACCCAAGCCAGAGAUUCAACCCAUUACCUCUAUGGCAACAUCCAAAAGCCAAGGGAGUGGAUUUUUAAGCCAAGAAGGAAAAGUCAUAGUGCACGUCACCUCUUCGCUCAAAGAUUCUUCCCUUCCUGGAAAAGAUAUCCUUUACUCACACACCACAUGCAGGACUGUGCCUGCCACUGGGGCUUUUCUCACCUGUAAUCACAACCAUAUAGCAACUUCUGGUGCUGCAGCAAAGGUCACUCUGCCCCAGGUGAACAAGGCAGAACCUGUGCCUGCCCUAAACUGUAACCCUGCACAUCCUCUCCUGCACAUCAAUACACUGUAUGAAGACCAUGAAGAAGAGGUGUCAGAUCUUAUAGAGGAUUCUUUAGACAACAGGAUUAGUUCGCCAACAGAAGCAGGAGACAUCAUCUCCAUACCUUCCACAAAGCAAAUCAUGUUGGCAACUUUUGACGAACCAUUGGCAAUAGUGAACUCUGUAGAAUAUUGACGAUCCAGAGCUGAUGCUGAUCGAAGCUUGAACCUGAUGGCCCGCCUCCCAGUACCACUGUAAUGUGUUCCAUGCUGCCCCACAAAUGCCACCUACUGCAUGAGCAUGGAGUGCUGGAACGCAGAACAUAAGUUUCACUAAUACUCCAAAUCGGUUGUUCAGGGUAGUGUCAUCACUUCUAUCAAUAGCUUGCAAAAUAUAAUGACAACAGUAAUAAUAAUGCCAACCAAAUUAUUCUAUGCUUGGAACACCAAGAAACAAAGCACAAAGACAUUAGCUGUAGCUUCAUGAAUUCAAUGUGGAUUACUACAACUAUCCAAAUAUUUAAAGUGCUUGAGCGCAUGUCACACAGUGUUUCUGAAACAAAGCUCUUACAGCCUUGGUAUUCCAACACACUAUGUAAAGUAAUGAAGCACAUACACAUAUAUGAUAUUUAUUCUUCCAUUUUAAAAGGCAGGAGUAAAAUUGUAUUUUGUCUCUAAGGUUAAAAAAGAUUUUUUUUUAAUGACACGGUUGUAUGCAAGCUUAUUGAUUCACGGGUAUUGGGCUUUCCAGUGACUUAAGGGCCAAUUGGGCUCACACCAGCAUCCGUGUAAUGAGAGUUGAAACCUGUCAGUCUGCUGCACUUGUGAAUGAGGGAAUCAAGAGCUAUGCCCUGCCCUUUAAUACGUUUAUAUGCGCUGCGAGAGAUGAUGAUAAUGAAGAGUUUAUUUUUUUAAUGUCUAUUUUAUUGUGAACAAGAGAGUUUGUUGAUUCAGAUGUUAUCUUUUAGCAGAGUGGUAGAAAGAGGGUUGUUCUAUAGUUGUUUAUUUUUGUCAAAUGGUAAUGACUGCAAACCAGGUUAGAAACUUUCUAAGAUACUUCACUGAGGUGAAGAAUAUUCCAGUGCUGC